CAUUUGAUUUGUGGAACAUUGUAGAACAUCGCAGAUUGCCGGAAACGAAAGUGUUUUUCGUUGAGAGAAGACUUUAACAUUUUAUGCGAAUUUGACAAAAUCGUUGGACUACAGAACACUUUAAAAACGUCUUGAAAUCUCCACGACGACAUUAGUAACAUUUAUUAAACAUGAUUUAGAAACUGGAAAACAUACCUAAAGCUGUAAGACUGAAGCAUGUAUAAUCUAACGGUGGAAGCGUCAUAUCCAACGCCUUAUGCGUCGUCGUCCUUUCUACCGCUUAUUUUGCUGUCGAUGAUAGGACAAAAGCAUACACCUGAUACGACGACUGAAAUUAAAGAUGUCUAUGAUUACGUCAUCGUUGGAGGUGGCUCGGCGGGAUCAGUUGUGGCCAGUCGAUUGGCAGAAAAGCACUGCGUCACUGUCCUGCUGUUAGAAGCUGGUAAACCCCCACCGAAAGUAACGGAUAUUCCCACAGCUGCAAGAAGUUUCAUUCAAUCUGAUAUUGAUUGGAAUUAUAGCACUGCUCCUCAAGAACAUACUGGGGCUGGACUUAUUAACAGAUCUGUAGCAUGGCCCAGUGGAAAAGCUAUUGGUGGCUCAGGUGUCAUUAAUGCCAUGUUGUAUCUCAGAGGAAAUAAAAAGAAUUACGACGAAUGGGCUCGCCAAGGAGCGUCUGGGUGGAGUUAUGCAGAAGUGCUGCGCUACUUCAAGAAGUUGGAAACCAAUACUAAUCAAGAUUUUGUAAAUAAUGGCUAUCACGGUGUUAAUGGGCCGAUUACAGCGUCUAACCCAGAGUACGAUUCCGAACUGAAAGCUGCAGUAUUUGAUUAUGCUAGAAACAAAGGAAUUCGUAUUGGUGAUAUAAACGGCCCACAAGCAACAGGUUUAUAUGAUAUGCAAGCUUCCACACGAAAUGGACAGCGGUGCAGUGCUGCGAAAGCUUAUCUAGUACCCAGCGAGAACAAAACGAACUUAGAUAUUGUUGCAGGAGCAUUUGUUAAAAAGAUCAUCAUUGAAAAUCGCAUGGCCAAGGGUGUGGUUUUUGAUUUUGAAGGGGAGACUCGUGAAGUGAGAGCUUAUAAAGAAAUCAUCUUGUCAGCAGGAACCACCAACACUGCUCAACUCCUGAUGUUGUCCGGUAUUGGACCUCGAGCUGAACUGGAAAAACACAAGAUACCAGUUAUAGCUGACUUACCAGUUGGUAAGAAUCUGCAAGAUCACUGGGCAACUAUUCUUUCUUUUGAACUAGCUGGGAAUAUUAAGCCUUUCGCUGAAAAGCAAGUUGAUGAAUCACAGAUAAAAAAUUAUAUUGAUAAUAAGAAAGGUGUUUUAACAUCUCCUCAAGGAGUGAAUCUUUUAGCUUUCCUCAAUCGAAACGAGCCAAUAGCGACUGGAAAUUAUCCUGACCACCAGCUCUAUUUUUGGGAAGGAGCCACAGAUCCACCUGAACACCAGCUUAGAAUAAAACCUGAGUAUUUCGAGGCAAUUUUCGGACCAUAUAAAGAGAAACCCUUCUACUUCUGCCUGUCUCAAAUCUUGCAUCCAAAAGGUCGAGGAGAAGUUACCUUGCGUUCUGCAGACGCUUAUGAUCCUCCUGUCAUCGAUCCUAAGUAUUUCUCUGAUCCUGAUGACUUAGAUGUUGUUGUAGAAGGAAUGAAGAAGUGCAAAGAAAUUGGCGAAAGUGAAGAAUUAAAAAAGAUCGGUUCCAAGAUAUUCACUACCGUGUAUCCUGGUUGUGAAGAUUCCGUGAACGACGACGACAGCUACUUCCGUUGCAUAGCGCGCUCUAUUGUGAUUACUCUAAAUCAUCAAGUUGGAACAGCUAAAAUGGGAAAUCCAAGAGAUCCUGCUACUGUCGUGGAUCCAAAGCUACGCGUGAAGACGAUCCGUCAUUUAAGAGUGGUUGAUGCAUCAGUCAUGCCGCAUAUUCCAGGUGGCAAUACCAAUAUACCAACUAUGAUGGUGGCUGAAAAGGGUUCUGAUAUCAUCAAGGAAGACAUUCGUUGCGAAGGUGAUAACGACCUGCACUCCUUUUUUACUGAAUAAUUGCUCAGCGGAAUAUCUUGUUUCCUUUAAAACAUAAUUGUAAUCUAUAUGAACAAUCCUUAUUUCUAUUAAUAAUAAAAGACUAUGUGUCUAUUUGCUGGUAUA